GGCUUCCCCCCACCAGUAUAUAAACCGGCCUUGCCUCCCCUUUCUAUCCCCCUCUUUUCCUCGCCUCCAUAUCCCCCUCUCUAGGGUUCCUCUCUCCCUCUCUCAUCUCGGCGGAGGCGAGGCGACGACAAUGAGCAACGACAAGCAACAGGACAACAUCAAUCUCUCUGAUCUCGGUUCCGCUCUGCCUGCCGUCACUCCAGCUAUGGGCGCGGAGGACCGAGCCGGUCUUGUUAAUGCUCUCAAGAACAAACUCCAGAGCCUGACAGGGAAGCGCUCUGAUGUGCUGGAGACCCUCUCGCCGAAGGUCAGGAAGCGCGUUGAGGUGCUGAGGGAGAUCCAGGGCCAACAUGAUGAACUUGAGGCAAAAUUUUUUGAGGAAAGAGCUGCUCUUGAAGCUAAAUAUCAGAAACUUUAUGAGCCACUAUACAGCAAGAGGUAUGAGAUUGUGAAUGGAUUGGCUGAAGUUGAAGGUGUUACAAAUGAACAUGUAGAGGAAAAUCCAAGUGAAGAUAAAGCUAGUGAAGAAAAAGGUGUGCCAAAUUUUUGGCUUGCUGCUAUGAAAACAAAUGAAGUGCUGGCUGAGGAGAUUCAAGAGCGUGAUGAGGGAGCUCUCAAGUAUCUAAAGGAUAUCAAAUGGUCCAGAAUUGAUAAUCCUAAGGGUUUCAAGCUUGAGUUUUUCUUUGAUCCUAACCCUUAUUUCAAGAAUUCCAUCUUGUCAAAAACAUAUCACAUGAUUGAUGAAGAAGACCCAAUCUUAGAGAAAGCAAUAGGGACUCAAAUUGAAUGGUUGCCAGGGAUGUGCUUGACUCAGAAGCUUAUGAAAAAGAAGCCCAAGAAGGGUUCAAAGAAUGCCAAGCCCAUCACCAAAACUGAAGAUUGUGAAAGUUUUUUCAACUUCUUUAACCCACCACAAGUCCCAGAUGAUGAUGAGGAUAUUGAUGAAGACACUGCUGAGCAGCUACAGAGUCAAAUGGAGCAAGAUUAUGAUAUUGGGUCCGCUAUUAGAGACAAAAUAAUUCCUCAUGCUGUUUUGUGGUUCACGGGGGAGGCUGUUCAGGGGGAUGAUUUUGAAGACUUAGAAGAUGAUGAUGAAGAUGAAGAUGGGGAGGAUGAUGAAGAUGAAGAAGAGGAUGAGGAGGAGGAGGAGGAGGAGGACGAUGAUGUUGAGGAUGAAGGCAAGACCAAGAGGAAGAUGGCUACAACAAAGAAGAAAAAUGGAGGGGAAGAUCAACAAGGGGAUCGGCCAGCUGAAUGCAAGCAGCAGUAAACUUUUUAUGAAUGAAGUAUUUUCUGGACCUUUAGAUUAAAGUUUGGAGGGUCUGUUUUGAGGUGUUGGUCAAUUAAACUGAAUUUGUUCUCAUUCCCUGCUGUCUUUUUAUCUGGAAAAACUGAGAAAGAAGGGUGGGGGAACCGAAUUUUUUUGGUGUCUCUAAUCCGUGGUAGCUAUUCUUUUACUCGUGUGUGGGUAUCGCGUAUUAUGUUCAUGCAUGUUUGGUUGGUUGGGGUCCUUGGGGAAGAUUUUUUUUACUGCCUAGUGUGUACACAGAUGAACCAUUAAUUCUUAUAUUUAUUAUAUAUAGCAGACUGCUGUUAUGCCUUCA